AUGUGUAAGCCGAAUCGAAGUCGCGGAAAAUAUGAUCGCAAUUUUGACUCUUGUAUUGAAUACAUUCGACAGGGCGACUCCUACGAGCUGUGUUUGACAAAUCAAUUAGAAGCUGAUGUACCAAAACAAAACCCUUUUGAACUGUAUCAAAUUUUACGACGCCACAACCCUGCUCCUUACUCGGCGUUUUUCCACUGGAAUAUCGGUAAUCAAGGUAAUACCAACACGCCAUCUGCAUUUGCUAUCUGUUGUUCUUCUCCGGAACGCUUUGUUUCUGUGAAACCAGAUGGUAUUGUUCCUGAUGGUAACAAAAACAAUAAGCGUCUCGUUGAAGCAAAACCUAUUAAGGGCACCUGUGCCCGGGUUAUUCCAGCCCAGUAUGGACAGUGGACCGAGCAAGAAAAGCGGGACGAUCUCAUGCGAGUCGAAGCAUUGCGAAGCUCACUCAAGGAUCGGGCCGAGAAUCUCAUGAUUGUAGACUUGCUCCGAAAUGACUUGAGCCGAGUUUGCGAAACCGCCUCAGUGCACGUAGCAAAGCUCAUGGAAAUUGAAUCGUAUGCUUCUGUACAUCAAAUGGUCUCCACCAUUCGAGGCGUCAUUGAUUCCAGCAAUCGUUCUUGUGUUGAUGUAUUGAAGAGCAGCUUUCCUGGGGGGAGUAUGACCGGUGCUCCAAAGCUUCGCACGAUGGAAUUGCUCGAUGAGAUCGAAGAAGGUGUGGGUCGUGGGCCCUACUCCGGCUGUUUGGGUUACAUUAGUUUGAACGGGGACAUGGAUAUGAACAUCAUUAUCCGCAGCGCAGUUUUGACUCCAAGUUCUGACAAAGUAUCCUGGAAGGUACGCGUUGGGGCUGGUGGUGCUAUUACUGCACUCAGCGAACGCGCAAGCGAAUAUGACGAAAUGCUCUUGAAGGCUUCGGCAGUUACAAAGGCAGUGGAAGUAUGGGCUCGCGCAGGGCCUGCUGAUUCGGACUACCCUCAAACACUGACAUCUACAUUCAAGAACCCACUACAAAUUCGAGUUUGA